AUGUCUGACAAUAUUGCUCACGCUCUCUCAGGUGCUGGUGGUGGCAUCGUCGCCAUGAUCUUGACAUACCCUCUUGUCAACAUCAGCUCACGUCUUCAAGUACAGAAAAAUGACAAUGACAAGGACGCUUAUAAAAAUACACUUGAUGCCCUUGCAAAGAUUAUUGCUAAAGAAGGUCCCAAGGGCCUUUACUCUGGUCUGAGCUCUGGUAUAUUUGGUAUUGCUAUCACAAAUGGUGUGUACUAUUACUGCUACGAGGCUGUCAAGGCAAUCUUUGAAAAAACCAAGCCCAGAGGUCAGUCAAUGUCGGCUUCGGAAUCUAUGCUUUCGGGUGCCAUUGCUGGUGCUACUGUUGUAUUGGCUACACAUCCCAUUUGGACCGUCAAUACCCGCAUGACAGUUAGGAAAGGCAUGGAAGGAGAUAAUUCAAAUAAGGCUACUUCUAAGAGUAGCAGUAGCAGUGCAUUUGCCGUUGGAAAAAGUAUUCUUCACCACGAAGGAAUUGCUGGACUUUAUGCAGGUGUACAGGCUGCUUUGAUGCUGGUGAUUAAUCCCAUUAUUCAGUACACCGUUUUCGAGCAGUUGAAGAGUAAAAUUUCCAAAACCAGAGCCCUCGGCAGCUUUGAUUACUUUCUUUUGGGUGCAGUAAGCAAGCUUUGUGCUACUGGAAUUACAUAUCCUUACAUUGUUGUAAAGUCUCGUAUGCAAGUGGUUCAGGAAGGCGAGGAAAGAUACAGUUCGAUAAUUGAUGCUUUCAAGAAGAUUAUAUCAAAGGAGGGCAUCAGCGGUCUUUACAAGGGUAUCCACUCUAAACUCCUUCAGAGUGUUCUUACUGCUGCCUUCUUAUUUAUGGCUAAAGAAGCUUUGUUCGAUUGGGCUGUCUGGGCACUUGUCCUGACUGGUGCUAGAAAAGCUAGAAUUGGCUCUAACAAGGCAUAAUAAAAAAAGUUAUAGACCUACACAUACACAGAAAUGUAUAUUAUUAUUAUUAUUAUUACUAUUAUUACUUGUAUGUAGAUAUUCAUAAUACAUUCUCGAAUUUUUGCAUGUAUAUACACACACACAAAAGAGAAAAUAACCUUUUUGUUGAUGUUUAAUUAUUUUUGCUGUAUACUUUUUUAACUCAUUAUAUUCGGGCAGUAACUUGGUAAAAUUAUGUAUCUUAUUUACUAUUUACUAUAUAAUUAUAAGAAGUUAUGUGAAUACAUUUAUGAAGAACGUUCAUUAUCGAAAU